CAAGGACGACUUUCUACCGAAGAAGAUCUGCGAGCGGUGCGUGGGUCGUCUGGAGCAACUCUACGAGUGGCGACAGAGUUGCCUCGCGACGGACUCCGUGUUGAGGAAUUAUGCCGAAUCCAUGCGCAUAGUGACAUCCACUAUCAACUUUCAGGAUGGCACUGUGAAUAUGGAUAAGAUGACGGAAGCGCAAAAGACCGCGUAUUUAGAAGCGCACGUGGCAGUACAACAGCACAUGGCGCAAGCUGCUGCUGCUGCGCGUCGUGAACAACAACAACAGCAGCACAGCAACAACAACAACAACAGCAACAACAACAACAGCNNNNAACAACAGCAACAACAACAACAGCAACAGCAACAACAACAGCAACAACAACAGCAGCAGCAGCACAUGAACUCUCCCAUUAAGGUGCCAGUGGUGAGCUCCAGCACUGGCGGUCCUGACAGCACAUUUACUGUACCAGAUGAUGUGGGCAUGGGCUUCGAAGGCGGUGUCAGAGUGCUGCAGAGUCUUGGCAACUGGUCACCAGAAGUGACGAACACCAUCCCAAGGCCAAAUCUAAUACCGUUCACGGAGCCGUAUGCAGAGGGCGGGUCCAUGCACCCAGGGACGAGGCUGAAAGCCCUGCAGACUGGCGUAGUGAGGAAACACCCAGCCAUCAAACCUACUAGUUCCACUAAUGAAGGUAGCAAAGCAUUCGAGUGCACGGUGUGUGGAAAAGGAUUAGCAAGAAAAGACAAACUCACGAUACAUAUGAGAAUCCAUACAGGCGAAAAGCCUUACGUAUGUGAAGUAUGCAACAAGGCUUUCGCGCGUCGAGACAAGUUAGUUCUGCACAUGAACAAACUAAAGCACAUCACACCGUCCAAUAUUGCCCCGUUGGGAAAGAGAUCCAUUUCGAUUCCACCUUUAAAAUUAGAUGACGUUAAACCGCAACUAACAAAGCAAGAGGAUACAAAGCCGAGUCAAGCUGAAAUCGCGGCUGUGGCACAACAACAACAACAACAGCAACAACACACGCACCAACAAGCGAUCCAGGUCUGCCAGGUACCAGGCCACAACUUUACGAAUACAAACCUGGUGCACACGAGCGCAGCGAGCGGCGGCGUGGCGGCCGGCAUGGUGGUGUCGUGGUCAUGCGAGUUGUGCGGCAGACUGUUCGCCAACAGGGACGAGUGGAGCGCGCACGCCAAGUCACAUCUGCCAGACAGUAAACUACUGCAGGAUAAGAUGCAGGCGCACCAACAACAGCAGCAACAAGAAAAAGUCCAUUUGACGAAUCAGGAGAAGUUGCAGUUGCUGCAUCAUCACAAUCAGAACCAGCAGAUACUGAAUGGGCACGGCAUAACGACCGCCUCCGUGUCCACAGCCACCGUGGUAAACGAGGCCAGCGGCGGCGCGUACUUCACACACGGACACACGCACUACGCGCCCGAGCGGCAGCCGCCGCACCACCUCUGUCUCAUGUGCAGGCAAGAGUUCGCCGGCAAAGCGGAAUUCAUGUUCCACGUGCGAGGGCACUUCGAGGGCAAAGUGAGCGACAUCGCCGCCGCCGACGUGUUGGCCCGUUCGCUCGUCGACAACUCCGGGUUGUGUACCUGAGCCGCGCCAACGACCGUCAGUAAUUACCAAUCUGACGGCUGCAAGGCAGUGAUACAGGACGACACGAUACUGUUGAAGUUUUGAGAGUUAAGUGAUAUUUAUGAGGAACUCAUGAACUUGCUUUCAAAGUAGCACAUAGUGUUAUGCUGAUAAGAUUUCGUUCUCGGUAGUCGUUGAAAAAAUUUGGAUUCGAAUUGAUAAGAACAUCUUGUACACCGACCAGUUUUAGUUAUAUUUACUAUGGCUGUUAAAUCAAUCCUUUUACUUUUAUGAAGAAUUCCAACAUUUGUGUAAAGGUUAAUGCACAUUCGUAAA